CUGUCAUUAAUAAAUUAAUGUUGUAAAAUACAGCUAGAAAAGCAAUAAAUUAAAUUAUAUAGUUCACUAAAAAAUAAAAAACAAAAGAAAAAAGAAGGAAGCUAUAAAUUAAGGGAAAGCACAAACAACAUUUUUGUUCAAUGAACUCAUACGUGUUUACGCAAAGAAGUUCUAGUUAUUGUCCAUUAGUUGUACAACCAUUAAAUCAAAAACCAUGAGCUCUUCAACAACAACAGAUAGACGUUCAGCAGGAUAUAAACCUAAUAUUUGGAAUCUUGAUUUUCUUAAGUCUUUGAAAAGAGAUUAUUCUGCCGAUCAACAGGAUGAUUAUGAAAACGUUGUAAAGAGGCUAAAAUGUGAGGUGAAGAAUUUGAUGGUUAAUGAAGAAUUGAAACCAUUAAUGGUUUUCAAGAUAAUCGAUGAAAUUCAAAGACUAGGUCUUGGAAAUCAUUUUGGCGAAGAUAUAGAGAGUGCACUACGUAGAUUGACAUGCAAAUUUGGUGAUUUAAAACUUGAUCUUCAUGCUACUGCUCUUGGGUUCAGACUUCUCAGGCAAAAUGGAAUUUUUAUGUCUCAAGACGUAUUUAAGCAAUUCAUGGACGAAAACGGCAACUUUAAGCCCUCUUUAUGCAACGACAACGAAGGAAUGAAAAGCUUGUAUGAAGCCUCACACCUUGGAUUUGAAGGGGAACAUCUAUCAGAUGAGGCCAAAGCUUUCACCAAAGAGCACUUAACUAAUCGUUACAAACUUGAGGAUAAACAAACUAUUGAUGAUGAUGAUGAUGUGAAUCACACAUUAGGGCUUCCACUGCGAUGUAGAAUGCCAAAACUUGAAGCUAGACACUACAUCGAGACUCAUCCUAACGAUGAUGAAACGGCCUUGCUCGAACUUGCCAUGCUCGACUACAACAUGGCACAAUUGACGCAUCAACAAGACCUCCAAGAGUUGGCUAGGUGGUGGAAGGAUCUUGAGCUAUCCGAGAAGUUGAGCUUUGCGAGGGAUAGACUAAUGGAGUGCUUUUUUUGGGGCAUAGGCACAUUACCUAAGCCUGAACUUAGCUCCGGUCGAAAGGCUUUAACUAAAGUCUUUAAAUUCAUCACUAUUAUAGAUGACAUCUAUGAUGUUUAUGGGACCAUUGAUGAACUUGAGCUCUUUACCAAUGCCAUUGAGAGGUGGAAUAUUAACGCUAUCGACGAGUUACCAGACUACAUGAAACUAACCUUCCUAGCUUUGUACAACACUGUUAAUGAGAUCGGAUAUGAAAUUCUCAAGCAAAAGGGUUUUAAUUGCAUCCCUUACCUUAAAAAAACAUGGGAAGAUAUGAUAAAGGCAUUUUUGGUGGAAGCAAAAUGGCUCCAAAAUAACCAAAUUCCAACAUUUGAAGAAUAUCUCAACAAUGGAUGGGUUUCAGUCUCAGGAGUUGUAGCAUUAACCCAUGUAUUUUUCUUCGUGAGUCCAGAAAUUACUCCUGAGGCGCUUCAUUGCUUAAGAAACAACCAUGACAUUUUACGUUUACCUUCCAUGGUCUUUCGACUUUCCAAUGACCUUGCCACUUCUGAGGCUGAAAUAGAAAGAGGAGAAACAGCAAAUGCAAUAUCAUGUUACGCUAAGGAAGAAGGUGUAACUAUGAAAGAUGCACGUAAACACUUAAGCAAGUUGAUCGACGAAAGCUGGAAAAACCUAAAUGAAAUUCAAGUAUUGAAUGAGACUCCAUUUUCGGUUGAUUUCAUAGAAGCAGCCAUGAAUCUUGCUCGUACAGCUCAAUGCGCGUACCAACAUGGAGACGGUCAUGGAUCGCCCGAGCUAAUAAAGAAGAAAAUUGUUUCUCUCAUAGUUGAUCCUAUCCAAUUAUAAUGUGUUUAAAACAAGUGAUAAAAAUAGCUAUGAUGAUAAGAAGGAUUUGCAUAAUACACCAUGCAUUUAGCGUCAUAAUCAAGGAUAUACGUCACGUGUCACCCAUCUCUUCCACUAAGAGGAUGCCACGUGUCACCCAUCUCUUAAACCAAGGGGAUGCCACGUUACUCAGAUCAAUUAGACAAUGAACUAAACACGUCAAUAUUAGACAAUGAGCUGACCACAUCAAUUAAAAAAUGUAUAGGUUAGAAUUGAACUUGAGUUCAUUAGAAAAUAAAUAAGAAGUCAUACCAUCUUUGCUAUAUAAUAAUUUAGCAUAUUUAUUCUUCUUAAAUAUAGUUAAUGUAAAAUGGUAGACCAUUGUAUGAGAGUGUUUUUCUUUGUACUUUUACAUUUGCUAUUAUUUAAGUAAUACUCUAUACUAGAUAUUGACUAGAAGACAUAUUAUUUUCUUAGACUAAAUCUAAAAUAAAAGUAUUUAAGAUUAUUAUGUACAUUAAAAAAAAAAAAAUGUAAAAGUCAAAUUCAUCUAC